UCCCCUCUUCUGUUCUUCCUUUCCCCCCUUUCGUCAAAUCCCUAAAAUUCUAAUUCGAAUCCAGCCAGUCCAUUUCCGAUCGCCACUGCCCAACUGAUUCCAACGAUUCGCCGGAGAUUCCUCGAUAAAUAUUUACAUCCCAUUCCGAUUGCAAGUGUUCAAACGCCAUGAGUGUGGUGAGAUGGCCGAGGCUUUUUUUAACCCCAACUCAACUCUCACAGCUAAUACUCAGCCAGAAAAACCCAUUAAAGGCCCUCGAUAUCUUCAACGAAGCUAAAACUCGAUACCCGAACUACCGCCACAACGGUCCAGUUUACGCCACCAUGAUCAGAAUCCUAGGAAGCUCCGGGCGGAUAACCGAGAUGAAAGAAGUAGUCGAUCGGAUGAAAGACGACUCUUGCGAGUGUAAAGAUUAUGUCUUUGCCAACUUAAUCAGAACCUACGCAAACGCGGGCUUGUUCGACGAAGCCGUCUCUUUAUUCCACACUCUCCCCGAAUUCAACUGCGUGAACUGGACAGAAUCUUUCAACACUCUUCUGGAGAUAAUGGUGAAAGAUUCCAAGCUGGAAUCCGCUUAUCACUUCUUUGUCGAGAAUUGCCAUGGUUGGGAGAUCAAGUCUCGAAUACGUUCGUUGAAUUUACUCAUGUCUGCUCUCUGUCGAAUAAACCGUUCUGAUCUUGCAUUGCAAGUUUUUCAAGAAAUGGAUUAUCAGUGGUGUUGUGCCGAUAGGGAAUCUUACAAGAUUCUGAUGAAGGGCUUGUGUGAAGAUAGAAGACUCACAGAGGCGACGCACUUGUUGUACUCGAUGUUCUGGAAGAUUUCUCGAAAGGGAUGUGGGGCCGAUGUUUCUAUAUAUAGAACACUAUUGGAGGCUUUAUGUGACAAUGGUGAGGUAGAAGAAGCCACUGAAGUACUCGAGAAGGUCUUGAGAAAAGGUCUAAAGGCUCCUAGAAAGUUCCGGAAGAAGAUCGAUUUAAGCCAGUUUUACCAUAAAGACGAAGCGGGGAUUUAUCAAACAAAGGCUUUGAUUAAUGAAGCUUUGAUUAAAGGUGGGGUUUCGGGCUCGGACGGUUAUCGGGCCAUGGCUGUUGAUCUUUAUUCGGAAGGAAGGAUUGAUGAAGGUGGUAAGGUGCUCGAUGAAAUGCUCCAAAGAGGGUUUCGUCCGUCUUUGCCGAUUUACGAAGCUAAAGUAGCUGCCUUGUUUAAAGUAGGGAAAAUCGAUGAAGUAGUGUGUGUUGUUGAGAGGGAAAUGAUUGAGAACAACUGUGUUCCGAGUCUGAGGUUGCACAACGUUGUAAUAAAAGGGUUGUGCGAGAAGAGGGAAUUAAAUCGGGCUAUGGAGUACUUCGAGAAGAUGUUUAGACAAAUCGGUUGUGUACCGGAUAAGGAGACGUAUAGUUAUUUAGUUGAUGGAUUGUGUUGCGAUGGUAAAUAUAUGGAAGCUAGUGGAAUGUUGGAGAAGAUGGUGAUAAACUCGUUUUGGCCGGGGGGUGAAGUGUACGGUAGAGUUAUACGAGGGCUUUGCUUAAUCGGGAAUACGUUUAAAGCUGUUUUGUGGUUGGAGGAAAUGAUUAGUCAGGGUAAAAUACCUGAUACAUCCGUGUGGUGUUCUUUGGUGUCUUCUGUUUGUUGUGAUGAGAUUUUGUCUCUAAAUUUUGAGUGAGUUUUGAUAAUUGUAGGCGAGUUUCCUUGAAAAAGCAAGAGUUUGUCUUGUUUUGAUUUUUGUGUAAAAAUUUAUAUAUAUAUAUAUAAUUCAUAAAAAAUCA